UGGAAACGCUCAUCACUCGGCCCACAUCUGAUUCACUAUUGAUUUUCUGGAGUAAAAUAACAAAAGACAAAAUAACGCAAUCUGUGGAAAUUCAAAAACGGAAAUGAUCCGAAAAACCUUGGUACUGGGGCUCCUCCUGGCCCUGGGAAGCCUGAUCCAUGCCAGCGAUAUCACGGACAAGGUGUUUGCGGACAUUAAAGAGGGCAUUGUUGCUGCCUUCGGGGACUUUGAUUCAGACGAACUCACGGAUGUCUUUGUGAUCCGCGACGACCAGAAGACAUUGCAGAUUCUCUAUGGCCACUACACGGAGCCCCUGCUGAAACUGGGGCCCUACUGCCAGUACGGAGAUAAGACCAUUGUGAGCGUCAUUCCCGGGGAUUUCGAUGGCGACGCUCUGAUGGACGUCAUGGUUAACCUGAAGACGGGGGACAAGGACAUCUACGAAGUGCAUGUGAACUGGGGCAACACCACCGAACUGAAGUGCUCCAAGGAGGCGCUCUUCACCAGCAAGGGAGAGGUGAUGGCUUUGGACUUUAAUCGCGACAUGAUUAUCGAUUUGUACGGACUGGAUGCCAUGGGAGUGCGCACCUUCUGGAUAUUCAACAGCAGUCGGCUGCCUCCGGAGCAUUUCCAUCAGGCAGAGCCCACAGAGGUCAAGGGCAACUUGCUGAGCAUACCGAAUGCAAAUGCCUAUGUCGAUAUUGACGGGGACUUUCUGGCUGAUCUGUUCCUGCAGACGGAGAACUCCUACGAGGUGUGGCACGGCAUCGACGAGCGGGACAAGAAGGAGGACUUCAGCUACCAGUACGAGAUCAAGUUCCAGCCGAUCGGAGGCCAUGACUACCACAUCGGGCAGGCGGUGUUCAUGGAUUUCGAGCUGAAGGGCGUGCAGAAUAUUGUGGUGCCCUUCUGCAUCCAUGCGAACUGCCGCAACUCCUCGAUCAUGGUGUACGAUGGCUCGGACUUCCGGAAUCUCCAUGUCAACUUCCGCGAUCCGCAGGGCAUCACGUGGGCCUUUGUGCCGCCCGAGUCGGAUGAUGUUUACCUGCGGACCAUUACGGCGCGAAGCGGUGACUUCAAUUUGGAUGGCUAUCCGGAUCUUCUGGUCACGCUGCAGCCCCUGAAUGUGGGCAAUUCGGUGAUGCAGACUUUCCUGCUGGAGAAUGUGGCCUGCACGACGUGCAAUAAGCCGUUGAAGCGCACUUUCGAGGUUCGCUGGAAUGCCCUCUCCCCGAUGGGCAACAAUACGGUGGCCGGGGCGUUCUACGACUUCUACCAGGACGGCGUGCUCGAUGUGAUCUUGAUCAGAAAGGACGCAAAGGGUAAAUACCAGCCCCUCGCCUUCCGCAACACCCUCGACUACGAUGCGAAUUUUGUUAAGGUGAUUGUGCUCACCGGUUUGGAUAACAAGCAGAAUCCCGAGCGUCGCACUCCCUUGGGCAGGAAAAAGCGCACGUAUGGCACCAAUUUGCCAGGACCCCGCAUCACCUACACCACCACCACCCAGGAUGGGGAUCAGCAAUUCGGCAGCAGCGUUCAACUGCCGCAGGCCUCGUACUUCGCUCUACAACUCCCGUACACUUGCUUUGGCCUGGGCCGAACGCCGAAUUUCGUGGAUCAACUGACCGUGGGACUGGGCAGCAAGCUGCGCAAUUGGACGCAGCUCAUACCCAAUUCACAAAUUAUUGUGGUGCCCAAACCGCUGAACGAUCCGUCCCACUGGAAGGCCCAGCUAUUCGUCACGCCCAGCAAACUCAUCCUGAUGAGCGUCGUUGCGCUGGGCGGCACCUGCCUGGUUAUCGUCUUUAUCAUCCUGGUGCUGUACAUCAAAGAGAAGCGCGAGGACAAACAGGAGCGCCUGCAGGAGUCCCACAGAUUCCAUUUCGAUGCGAUGUAAACUAAGUAACCCGUUUUGUUUCAACCAAAAGUCAGUUGAGUUUAUUAUUGUAUGAUUAUUUAACGUUUAUCAAUAUGCCCAAAUUAAGGACCGCACCUGUGGAUUUCAUUAUGAGCUUUUCCAUCUCAUUGACGCCUUGGAUUGCCGCAAAUUGUAAGAAUAAAAAUGUAAAUCAAUCAAGACAUCACUUCAAAAACAAGCUCAUAAUGCAAUCAACAGAGUGAGUCCCUUUCAUCUGAUAUAUAUGUAUAUGGUUUAAGAAAUGUGAUAAAUAUAAAAAGAUUACAAUUAACACGUAA